AAAAUCACAACAACCAGAUAACCAGGGUUAUGCUUGGACAGUGAGUAGAGGUGUUCUACCAAGUGGUCAUCCAUUGUGAGGAGACCACAUCGGUUAAUCGAUUCGUCAUGGCAUCAGAAGUGGCCAAAAGCGUUGAAGUCUCUAAUUUAACGGAGCACCAGGAGAGUGGAGAGCCGAAUGUGGUGGACCGGGUGACGAACCUGCCUCUUGUGAGCUCUGCCUGUGAAAUGGUAUCAGCUGCCUACAACAGCACCAAGGAGAAUCACCCGUACGUGAAGACCAUUUGUGAUGUUGCUGAGCAGGGAGUGAAGACUAUCACAGCUGUGGCUGCCAGUGGUGCCAAACCAAUCGUGGACAAGCUGGAGCCUCAAAUUUCAGCAGUGAAUGAAUAUGCCUGUAAAAGCUUGGAUAAACUGGAGGAGAAACUUCCAAUCCUUCAUCAGUCCACACCCCAGGUUGUUGCUGAUACCAAAGAGAUGGUUUCAUCCACAAUAACUGGAGCCAAAGAUGCAGUCUCCAACACAGUGACUGGAGCGAAAAAUGCAGUGACUGGUGCUGUAGAUAUGGCCAAGGGAGCAGUCCAUGGCAGCAUAGAGAAGACCAAGUCAGUGAUGGCUGAAGGAGUUAACACUGUCAUGACGUCCAAAGUCGGGCAGAUGGUGGUCACUGGUGUUGACAGUGCACUCAAUAAAUCUGAAGAAAUUGUUGAUCAUUAUCUUCCUAUGACUGAAGAGGAAUUGGCAAAGUUAGCCACUCCUGUUGAAGGUGUUGAGGUGGCUCCAGCACAGAAGCAGAGUUACUAUGUGCGCUUGGGGUCCUUGUCUUCAAAAGUGCGUCAUAGAGCAUACCAGCACUCGACAUCUAAAAUGCAGAAAGUCAAGCAAAGCAGCCAAGACAUAAUGAUUCAGCUCCAUAACACAAUGGACCUGAUUGAAUUGGCAAGGAAAGGAGCAGAUUCAGCUAAUCAGAAACUGCAUGACGUUCAGCAGAAACUGCAUCAGACCUGGGUUGAUUGGCAGAAGAAACAGACCACAAGCCCAGUGGAGGAAGAAGGGGCUCCAAAACCAGAACAGCUCGAAUCCCAAACCCUAACCAUGACUCGCGGUCUCACCCAGCAACUACAGACUACCUGCCUAACUCUCGUUUCAAAUGUACACGGCCUCCCUCAACACGUUCAGGACAAAGUGCAGCAGAUCCGCAAAACAGCAGAGAGCAUCCAUGCUUCGUUCUCAUCUGCCAAUUCCUUUGGUGAUCUUUCCGGGCAGCUCCUGGCACAAAGCAAAGAUCAGAUGCUGAAGAUCCGGGAGUCCAUGGAUGGGGUGAUGGACUAUGUACUUCAGAACACUCCACUCAACUGGUUGGUGGGUCCAUUUGUCCCACAACCAAAUGAGUGCCCUGAAUCAGAAGAGAUUUCAGUGGAGAGUUCUAAAGAAUAGAUAUAAUCAAUACUCUAAACAGUUAAGCAACAGAAUUAAACUUCUGUCAAGUAUAGCCUUAUUUCUGAAAGCUUUGAAUAAACAGCAUAAACCUUCACUUGGGUAACAAAUGAAAGACUGAAUUCUUCAAUAUUCCCUAAAUGUUUUUGUUUCUUAUUUGGAUAAUGUCAUCAAGAGACUCUUGAUGUCUGUGCUAGUGUUGAAUUUUCAAUUUAAUAAAGGUCUAAUCAUCUGAA